AUUUUCUGUGAAACGAAACGUUUAUAACCUCAAACAUUGUGUUUAUUGAAAGUGUAUAAUAUUUUCAAUUUUAAAAUAAUUGUGUGAAUAAUAAUUAUGCUUACCAGGCUAAGAUUUAGAAGAGAUUUACGUCCUAUAGUCAGAUAUUUAGCUGACAAACCGUCAGAUAAUGAUGGAAAAGUACCAGAAUCAAAACCAGCGUCUGAAACGCCUCAAAAGGCAUCAGAGAAAGCGUCUACUGAAAAGAUUCAAGAACUACUCAAGCUAAUGAUGGCUGAACCUAAAAUAAAAGAAAGUGAAUACAAGGAUCAGUUCGCAACAGCUCCCGUGAUACCUAGAAGACGUAAAAGAGAUGAGGUUGAAGUCACCACUGAGAAAAUAGAGGAGAGCAUUACUAAAGCAGCAAGCGAUGUAGCUCAGGCUCUUGGAGGUGAUGUGAAGCAGACAGAGGCUGAGCUUCUGUCCCGAGUGCUGGGCAAGAUCAACCAGUCUUCUACCAACCUGAGUGAUCUCCUAGUAGGUAUGAAGAUAGAUCGCACUAAAGAACCAGAUGAUAGUCAGAAGGAGACCAGAGGCCAGCAGGUUAAACGCAUGGUCAACAAGGCGAAGGCAGAAACACAGCAGACUCGCUACUCACAGAGGAAGGCCAGGAGUGAAGACACACGAAGCAAGGCGGCCGAUACAAAGAGGAAGACGUCCAUAACACCACAACAGAUAACCACAGUAGACGUAUUCAGCGGCGAGCCUCUUGGCAUAUUCAAGGCUUCCACUGAACAAAACUAUGGUACAAAACUGGACGUGUGGGAGACCCUGAAAGAGCGCGAGCUGACGCUGGCCACGCUGCAGCCGCCCGCCAACUACUUCCAGAAGAUGGUGCUUUGGACUGAACAGGGAAAGAUCUGGAAAUUCCCUAUUGAUAACGAGCAAGGCCUAGAAGAGGAGCAAUCCGUUCACUUCUCCGAGCACAUAUUCCUUGACGCGCACCUCGAAGGCUGGUGCCCUAAGAAAGGUCCCAUCAGGCAUUUCAUGGAGCUCGUCUGCGUCGGUCUCUCUAAGAACGCUUUCUACACCGUCAAGGAGAAAAAAGACCAUAUUAUGUGGUACAAGGAGUAUUUUGAAUCCAAACAGGAUUUACUUUCAGAAGUUGGCGUUUGGGACCAAAAAUCGACCGGUACCGAUGCUACCAAAAGUAAUUAGCUUACUGUGUAUAUAGAAAUAUAAUUAGUGUUACAGUUAA